CAUGUGGCCGAGAUUUCAAGGCUUCCGGUUUCAAAGCUUUAAAGGUUCUUCGAGUCCUCUACCUGAAAACCCAGCAGCAAAGGGUAGUUCUUGAUUCCUACGCUGGUGAGCAGGUCAUGGCUUCCAAGCUCACUACUCCAACCGCAGUCAUGACUUCUCUCCCACGGUUCAGUGGCCUCAAGGCCCAACCAUCCAUGGUGAUGCUGCCACCAAUCAGGCGACGGGGAAGAGGGGCUCUGGGUGCUCGCUGUGGCUUCAUUGGCUCACCAACAAAUAUUAUAAUGGUGACAACCACAACCUUGAUGCUAUUCGCCGGGAGGUUCGGAUUGGCCCCGUCGGCUAACAGGAAGGCGACGGCAGGGCUGAAGCUUGAAAUGCGAGACUCCGGGCUGCAGACUGGCGACCCAGCCGGAUUCACUCUGGCUGAUACCUUGGCAUGUGGGACGGUAGGCCACAUAAUGGGCGUUGGAAUUGUCCUGGGUCUCAAGAACAUUGGCAUCCUAUAAACGAGAUUGUGCUCCUUUAUGAUAGUUUUCCGGUAGAUUGGCUGGUGUACAUGACUUCUUUUAAUGGACAGAGCAACUACUUGAUCUUACUAUUUUGCAAAUGAGUUGUAAAUUUGUUCCUUCAUCAACAAAGCCCCCGACCAGAAAGGAGCUCAAAUUAGUGUGUGCACAUAAUGUUACAUUUUCUAUAAGGCUUGCAGGAGCCAAAAGAAGAAAGCUAUACAUUUUAUUUAUAU